CGCAGCCCAGUCCGGGUCUCAGGCCCAGGAGGCGGUGACCAAGGAUGUCGACCACCGCCGCUUUUUGCCUUCUCUCUACUCUGGGAGGGUAUUUGGUCACCUCGUUCUUGUUACUUAAAUACCCAGCGUUGCUCCACCAGAGAAAGAAACAGCGAUUCCUCAGUAGGCACAUCUCUCACCGCGGAGGUGCUGGAGAAAACCUGGAGAACACAAUGGCUGCCUUCCAGCACGCAGUUACCAUUGGGACGGACAUGUUAGAACUGGACUGCCAUAUCACAAAAGAUGGGCAGGUUGUAGUGUCACAUGAUGCAAAUCUGAAGAGGUCAACUGGGGUCAAUGUAAACGUCUCUGAUCUCAAAUACUGUGAGCUCCCACCUUACCUUUGCAAACUGGAUGUCCCAUUUCAGAGAGCAUGCAAGUGUGAAGGAACAGAUACCCGGAUUCCCUUGCUGAAGGAAGUGUUUGAGGCCUUUCCUGAGACCCCCAUUAACAUCGACAUCAAAGUGAACAACAACGUGCUGAUUCAGAAGGUCUCAGAACUGGUGAAGGAGUACAAGCGCGAACACCUGACAGUGUGGGGCAAUGCCAGCUCUGAGAUUGUAGACAAGUGUUACAAAGAGAACUCAGAUAUCCCUAUCCUCUUCAGCCUGCAGCGUGUUCUGCUCAUCCUUGGCCUUUUCUUCACCGGCCUCUUGCCCUUUGUGCCCAUUCGAGAGCAGUUCUUUGAGAUCCCAAUGCCCUCCAUCAUACUGAAGCUAAAAGAACCACACACUAUAUCCAAAGGUCAUAAGUUUCUCAUCUGGCUUUCGGAUACCUUAUUAAUGCGGAAAGCUUUAUUUGACCACCUCACCGCCCGGGGCAUUCAAGUAUACAUUUGGGUUUUAAAUGAAGAGCAUGAGUACAAAAGAGCUUUUGAUUUGGGGGCCACAGGAGUGAUGACGGACUAUCCAACGAAGCUUAAGGAGUUCUUAAUUAACAUGUCAGCAUGAAGCACUCCAGAUCAUUGAGAGGUGUCAUGAUCGGAAAAGAUCUGAGGAAAGGUGUGUUAGCCAUGGUUCCUCUGGGGCCUCCAGGACGAUAAAAGGUUUAAUCGGUUAA